AUGCGCGAUUCAGAAUCCAGCACUUCGUCAGUAGUUGGAAAGAUAGAAAAGCAACUUAAUAUCCAAUCUCAGGAAAUUAUUGAUGAAGAAAUGUCGGAUGCCAGUAAUGAGGAACAUAUAGAUAAUAGCGGAGCUAGUUCCAAGGCACAUAAUUCGAAGGGGAAAAGUAUCAAUAUAGCCGAGGGAUCCAAUAAAAGACCUAUCGAAGCCCAUAGGGGCGACUCAAAUAGUCAUGGGUUAGGCCUUACAUAUCAAUAA